CCGAGGUGAGGUCGGAAGGCCGCCGUUUGCGACAGGGCACGCCGGUUGACGGCAUUUCCUGCCACGUUACGGCGCACGCGCAGCGGAUGUUUGGCGACGUGUACCGGCAGAGUCCAAGACGUCGGCGGCUCCUCGGAAUCAUCAGCUCGCACGAACGCCGCAAAAGCCUCGACAGCGCCGCAGCAUGGGGGCUUCGCAGAGCGUGGAGAUCCCGGGAGGCGGCUCAGAGGGCUACCACGUCCUCCGGGUUCAGGAGAACUCACCAGGUCACCGAGCAGGACUGGAACCGUUCUUUGACUUCAUCGUCUCCAUCAACAACACCCGACUGAACAAGGACAACGACACCUUGAAGGACCUCCUCAAAGCCAGCGUGGAGAAACCGCUCAAGAUGCUGGUGUACUCGUCAAAGACGCUGGAGCUGCGCGAGUCCACGGUCACGCCCAGCAACCUGUGGGGGGGCCAGGGCUUGCUGGGGGUCUCCAUUCGCUUCUGCAGCUUCGAAGGAGCCAACGAGAACGUUUGGCACGUUCUGGAAGUGGAGCCCAACUCCCCCGCGGCCCUCGCCGGUUUGCGGCCGCACACGGACUACGUCAUCGGCGCCGACACCGUCAUGAACGAGUCCGAGGACCUGUUCUCCUUGAUCGAGAGCCACGAGGGGAAGGGCCUGAAGCUCUACGUGUACAACACCGACACCGACAACUGCAGAGAGGUGGUCAUCACCCCCAACGGCGCCUGGGGGGGGGAGGGCAGCCUGGGAUGCGGGAUCGGCUACGGAUACCUGCACAGGAUUCCCACGCGACCUUUCGAGGAGGGGAAGAAGAUCUGCUUCCCGGGACCCCCUUCCGGCGAGCCCCUCGGUCCCCUGAAGGACGGCUUCACCGAGGUGCAGUUGUCGGCCGCGGUCCCGCCUCACGACGCCGCCGCCGCGCCGCCCUCCGGCCUCGAAGAAUCGCCCGGCGUGCCGAGCGAGCUGCAGACUGGUUUGCCCACCGUCCCUCUGCUGCCCCCUUGUGGCCCGCCCCUCCGCCCCCUGGCGCCUUUGAACCCCGCCGCCACGCUGCCAGGGUUGAUGCCCCUCCCGGCCGGCUUGCCUCCGCUGCCCGACCUUCCCAAUCUCAACCUGCCUCUACCGGACCUCGGCGCCAUCUCGCUAGCGGGCGCCGGCAACCUGAUGCCGGCCGGAACCGCGGUUCCUCCGCUGUCGACCCCCCUCAACAUCCCCGGCCUGGCGCCGCUGCCCCCUUUGCCCGCCGUGCUGCCCUCCCAGCUGACUCCCCUCCUGUCCCAGGUCGGGGCCCCCCCUCCGCCCGCCGUCGCCACGGAAGCGUCCUCCUAACCCGCCAACGCGUAUCGCUCUGACCCGCUUUCGCUUUUCUUUUUCUAUUUAUUUGGCUGCACCCGGUCCGAGCGAGGUCGGCGGGGGGACCCGUCGCCCCGGCUGCGGCCUGCCUUCCAGAACUUUUCUUCACUUUGCAACUGACUCUUGUGACUUCUUUUCUUUUGAUUUUUUUUUUUUUUUUUUUUUCCAUUUCAAGUUUGAGAACGUGUUCCAGAAUUGACUGAUGUAUUCAUUCGAACCCCCCCCCACACACACACUUUUUUUUUUGGUUAUAAUUUCCACAAUAUAUGAGCAAAGGAGCCUUUCGUAAUCGUCAGUCGUGCGGCCUACCAGAAAAGAAAACGCGCAACUGUUCUACUAAUCUUGGGACAUUCAUUGUACAAGGUGAAUUUAUAUAAAAUGCUCAAAAUUGAAGAUUUUGUGUCGCAUUGCUGACUUUGCAAUCAAAUCGAAUAUCGUCAAUAUUUUGCCCACAAAGUUCAGUCUCGGGAAAUGGGAUCGAAAUGUCGUAUUUUCCUACAAUUGUAUGCGAGAUUCACUUUUUGCGUUUGAACUCCUGAAAUUCAUUGAAGAAGUGGCAGCGCAGAGAAAAAAAAAUGCAAGAAGAAAACGCGUCGUCGUGGAGUCUUGACGCGGUCCGGCGCACAGAUCUGGACUCGUCGAGGACGACGGGAAGCGAAGGUCGCGGGUUUGGAGGCUGGAGGCAAGCGGGCGCGCUCGCUCUCUCCCGGAGAAUUAAACAAAGGAAAAUCACGGCAGCGACGACUCCAGCAAAAACUGAAGUCGGAGGAAAAAAAGGCCCAAAUCUCUUCUUUCAUUCUGCUUCAACACAAAAAUGUCAUUUUGAUUGGAAAGUGGACGCUCGCAGGACACGGUGGAAGCGUAGAGAAGCUUUAAAUUUCAACCAACGCUCGACUGUUUCUUCUUUAUUACAUGAAAAUCAAAUUACAUUCCACCGGACCUGACACAUCCCGAAGUGGGCGGCUCUCUCUUUUCUUUUCUUUUCUCCCCCCCCCCCCCCAACUGUUUGCUUGCAGUUGCUUUUACGUUGAACGACGCCAGCAUUCACGCAAAUUCGCCGGCAGCGGGAGGGAGGCCCGAGACGCUCCUUGUUUCCGACCCGCUAAUCUCGGGCUGGCGCGCGCCGCCGCCGCCGGUGGAUCCAAAGGUGCCGACUACGAACUCUGCUGUCGAAAAUCAGCAAACGGGCAAAUAAAAUGGGUUAGCUAAAGUUUCACCAUUUCAAUCUGGAUUUUGUAUUUUUGCCCCCCCCCCCCAAAAAAAAACAA